AAUUCAACAAGACCAAACGACCAUCAUUUACCGAAGUAGUAUUGCAUCUGCUAUCAACGCUGCUUGCGACACAUCUCCCAGAGUGUUUGUUGCAUAGCAAUGGACUUGGAUGAAACCGACUCACUGUCUCAGCUCUCUGACCAAUUUCCUGGUUAUGAAAAGUUCACCUCACAUAUCACGAGUGUCACAUCAACCUUCGUCCUCCCAUUCUUGUACAUUACCGACCGCCGCAAUCCACGCAUCACAGCCUCACUGCUCAAUCAGAUUUUCCGCAACAGCGGAGACUGUUCUCCUACACAUUUUGCGCACAUAAAUGCGACUGCUUGCUUUACAGCACGGUUGUUGUAUGAUACCGUACUCAACACACUCGCAAGAUGGGAAGUGGCCUGGGAGAAUGGGUGUCAAAAUUGGCCUGGUGAGGAUGGGAAAAGAUACAACGACAGUAUUGAUAGCUUUUUACAUGGACUCCGGAAUCUACGCAAUAAAUCCUGGGAAGGAAAGGCUAAAGGAAAUGGUAGAACUGUAGAUGAGGAACCGAACAUGGUGCUCCUCAUCGAGAGGGCUGAAAGGCUGAAGGACAACCUCCCGGACCUUAUCGUUCCUCUCACACGUCUCGCAGAAUUGUCACAGGUGAAGAUAACGACCAUCUUUCUAUCCUCUGUGCGAUGGGAGGAUAUCAAGCCACCUCUCGGCGCAUCCCCAGAUCCCUACUUCAUCGAUAUUGGCCCUCCAAGCAAACAAGAUACAAUUGACAGCCUUCUUUUUGAAUUCCGUUCUACGUCUACAACACAGCCAAGUGCAGGCACACAAGAUAGGACAUACCAUCCAUCACUGCUGCCAUUGUAUGAACAAUAUGUGGAACACGUCUACAAUGUUUGCUCUCUCUACACAACCGAUAUCCAAGAACUGCAGUAUAUUGCCGCUGCACGAUGGCCUGGGUUUGUUAAGCCUGUGCUACGGGAGCAAAGCGAAGUUAAUGGGGACGGGGACCCAGAUCCAGACGGAACACGUAAUGAGCUGACACUCCCGGCUUCCGACGGCCGCAUGAGACUGCUCAAGUUCUUCACCCCUUCUCUGACGGCGGCACUCGAUGUACUGUAUCCACGCUUGACCAAUGCUGCGGACUGGGCGUUAGCCAACGACCCUGACAUGCAAGCGUCAGAGGAGGCACAAUGUCAAAUAAACAUGGAAGGGAGCAUCAUUGUCGACCACCUACCGCGGAUGUCCAAGUUCAUCUUACUCGCAGCGUUCCUGGCUUCGACGAAUCCUGCCAAGAGUGACGUGCGAAUGUUUGGUCGUGGAGCAGAUAAACAGAAAAGGCGACGUCGGAAAUCUGCCCCGCCAAAAAAGGUUGGAGCGCAGACAACUGUUGCAAAGAUUACACAAAGACUACUUGGCCCUGUAGUAUUUCCACUGGAUAGACUUCUCGCAAUUCUUGGUGCUCUCCUAGAGGAGAAUGAUGUCGAGAACCGGCCUCACGAACCUUGCUUUGAACUUCCAGGGGAGCACACCGACAUGGAAUUGGGGCGAGUGCAUAUUUACGCUGCCAUUACUGAGCUUACGUCUAUGCGUGCUCUACAUCGCACGACUGCUGUCGAGAAACUAGAGGGACCGCCUAUGUAUAAAUGUGGGAUUUCAUUUGGGGUGGCCGGGGCACUUGCCAAGGACUUGCAAUUCGUCUCUGAAUCUGCGGCAUUCCCUUUACAACUGCUCGACUCAAACUUGAAGCCGCUCAAGAACUCUGCCGACCUCAGGCUUGGGAGUGAGACCCGGGAUUCCAUCGAUGAUAGUGCGGAUUUUUACGACCCGAACCUCGACCCUUCACAUGGCCCAGAAUUUGACGACGAGUCACCCUAUCCAGAAGUUCGGUCCGCUGUCGCAAACACAGAUGAUCCGUCCAUACAUGUGACAACGCUUCGUACAUGGGUUUUAGGCUUGGCCUGGGCAAUUAUUAUGCCUGGUGUCAAUCAGUUUUUCUCCCUCCGCUAUCCCAGCGUGCCCAUCACUGGCAUAGUCGCUCAGCUACUCUCGUUUCCAAUAGGCCGCUUUUGUGCUGCUUAUAUUCCUCGGAAAAAAAUCUUGGGGAUUUCACUAAAUCCUGGUCCCUUCACUAUCAAGGAGCAUGUGCUGAUAACAAUCAUGGCUUCGGUAGGCGCAACAUCUGCUUACGCAACAGAUAUUAUCGCUGUGCAAAGAUUUUUCUAUAACCAGAAAUUCGAUUUCGGUUAUCAGUGGUUUUUGGUAAUGUCAUCACAACUCAUUGGCUUCUCCACCGGGGGAAUCACACGACGGUUUCUUGUGUCGCCUCCAAGCAUGAUCUGGCCUAUGACUCUCGUCAGCUGCGCACUCUUCAAUACUCUUCACUCCGAGCAGUAUGCGGGCAUUGGGCGAUUAGGCGGCUUAAGCCGAGGACGCUUCUUCGUCUAUGUUUUCACAAGCGCAUUCUUGUGGUACUUUAUCCCUGGUUACCUAUUCCUGGCCCUUUCGUGGUUCUCUUGGGUUGCAUGGAUUUGGCCUCACAAUCCUGUCGUUUCACAGCUCUUUGGCUACGUCCACGGUAUGGGAAUGUCCGUGAUAACAUUUGACUGGGCCCAAAUUGCAUACAAUGGAUCACCACUAGCCAUGCCUUGGUGGGCAACGGCGAACGUUAUCGUUGGCUUUGUAAUUUUCUAUUGGAUAGUAACACCUAUAUUAUACUUUCAAAAUACCUGGUAUUCUCUUUACAUGCCUAUUUCGUCAAGGACCUCCUUCGACAACACACAGAACACAUACAACGUUACCCGGAUAUUAACUUCAGAAGGCACUUUCAACGCGACAGCGUACAAGGAGUACAGUCCAAUAUUUAUUCCAACAGCAUUCGUGAUGUCUUAUGGUCUCUCGUUUGCCUCCAUCACUGCAACUAUCGUUCAUUGCUUUAUCCAUUUUCGGAAGCAAAUUUGGUAUCAAGCGCGACGGUCACUCAGGGAACAGGCAGACAUUCAUGCUCGUCUUAUGAGUCGAUACCCACAAGUUCCUGAUUGGUGGUACUUAUCCCUGUUCACUCUCAUGUUUGCAUUGGGUGUCGUCAGCAUCGAGAUUUGGCCUACAGAGAUGCCGGUUUGGGCUUUUGUCGUAGCGCUCUUGAUCGCAUUGACCUAUGUGAUUCCAUGCGGUAUGAUACAGGCAAUCACCAAUCAACAAAUUGGGUUGAACGUGAUCACAGAGCUGAUCAUUGGAUAUUCGCUACCUGGAAAACCAGUAGCAAUGAUGCUGUUUAAGACCUUCGGCUAUAUUUCUAUGUCUCAAGCCUUGACAUUUACGUCCGACUUCAAACUUGGUCAUUACAUGAAGAUUCCUCCUCGAAAAAUGUUCUGGUGUCAGAUUGUGGCUGCGGUAGUCGCUGGAACCGCGCAACUGGGUGUUCAAUCGUGGAUGUUCUCUAACAUACCAGACAUAUGUAGUGCCACUCAAAAAGACGGUUUCACCUGUCCUAACGUGGAGGUAUUUGGCACUGCAUCCAUCAUAUGGGAACGUUUGUUUAGUUCUGGGCAAUUAUAUCAUAGCAACGUUACAAACACACUUCUAGCCGUGUUGGUGUUCUUCAUUAUCGGUGCAGUGAGCCCUGUCGUGGGUUGGCUGGCGAUGAAGCGGUAUCCAAAUGGUUUCAUACGAUACGUGAACCCGCUUAUAUUUAACGGUACCUACAAGAUUCCCCCCGCUUCUGCGCUCAAUUAUGUACCGGGGGCGCUUGUAGGUUUCAUCUUCCAGUAUGUAAUACGAAGGCGCAAUUUUGCAUGGUGGACGAAAUACAAUUAUGUCUUGUCGGCAGCCCUGGAUGCUGGGCUAGCUCUUUCUGUAAUCUUCAUAUUUUUCGUAUUGCAAUAUCCGGCAAAUGGGUCGGUAAGUAAAAGGUUGCCACACUUACUGACAAGCGUUCAUACAAUUCUACUAGAUUGGGGAGAGCUUGCAACACUGGUGGGGCAACACGGUAGGCUCUCCAUUGAACUACCAGCUCAAACGACUAAUGCGUUUACCAUCAAGGUAUAUUAUGAAACUGCUGAUGGUAUGGGCACUCCAGUUCGCCAGCUACACGGCUCAGAGACAUUCGGAUGCGUCAAUGUAGAUCGUCUGCGGCAAGCGACCGGAAUUCGAGCACAUCUAGUCGGUCUUCACUUUGCAAACCGCCGCAGAAUCAUUGGGCGUGCCACCGAGGCGGUUUCCAACCUUGACUUUCUGCCCAGCUUUGAGGGUGAACUCGAACGUCUUUGGGGCCUCGAAAACCAACACGAUGGUGCUUCCCAAGCAGAAUCCGCCCAUCUCUUCACCGGCGGUCAACGGUUGACCGUUGAGGAUAGGAGACGCCGCUGA